AUGAUUUCACUAGUAAAAUGCGGGAAACCGUUAACGCAACAGCAAUUGGACGAAGAGUUGGAUUACUUCAUGAUUCCCCGACCCCCUAAACCCUCACCGCCUCUCAAAUCCACGCGAAUUCAAAAAUUAUCUCUACGGAGUAAAAUCAUCUCAUCCGAGCUUGACAAAUUUGUUUUCGCCCUCAAGUCCGCGCUGAGCACGGUGAUCAACUACUUCCAAAAACGCUUCAUAAUGUCCAAGGGUGGUCAGGGGUUCGAUAUCACACUGGAGAUUUCGUUUUAUGCGUCGGGUCGUAUACCCCAGUUGAUCACCGUGUUGCCCACCAUCAUCGGAAAAUCGCCGAUCCCCCUUAUCACUCCGAUAUUUAGUGAGUACACGUUUGGCACCAAGGCAUACGUGCUGUUGAAUCAUUUCGGAGACAACAUUGGCGAUUACUUGGAAGCGACCUACCCAGGAUUAUACUGGGAUCUCCAGUGGUUGGAACAUUGCAGUGAUGGUACUAAUGGACCGGAGUCUGUGGACGGGAUGUACCGAGUGAAGAUGUCGUUGUGCGAUAGAUUUGAAUACGGGGACGUUAUUAGCAAUUGUUGUUUGAACGCCACUUCUCUGAAGUGUUAUUAG